CCCGGAGUUUGCCGCGGAGGGACUUCUCCAAAGAGGCGUUCGCCAAGCACACGGCCAAGUUGAAGGAGAUCAUGAAGCAGUACGGCAAGGUCGCGGUCGUUGUGCACUCGUCUGUCUUUGUGACCACGCUCGGCGUCGCCUUCUCGGCCAUCGAGUAUGGCAUCGACAUCCGCGAAGCCCACAUUCCGUUCGUCGACAUGUCCAAGAUCGACCCGAAUGCAGGCACGCUUUUGCUCGCGUACUUGGCGACCGUAGCCACAGGUCCAGUGCGCGGCGGACUCACGAUCGCCGUCACGCCGUGGAUCGCGCGCUUCCUGCGCAAGCGUGGCAAGUGGGCGCCUCCUCCGGCCACGCCCAAGUAAGACAUAGACGCCACAACCACUCGAAAUACACACCAUUGCCCGACGCAUCAUCAUGCAAGGCAGCCAUCUCCGCUGGUGCUGGCAAGGGCUAUCACACUAUCACAUGCAGUACCUUGCCUCUGGCGAGGCUUGGUCAAUCAUCUGCAUGGACGCGAG